GUGGCGGCGCGGCGGGCUGCGAUGGUGAGGGAGUGAUCGGCCGUCCGCUCGCCUGCCUGUCUGACCGACUGCUGCUGCGCCGCGCCAUGGAGACGGUGCAGCUGCGGAACCCGCGCCGGCAGCUGAAGAAGUUAGAUGAAGAUAGUUUAACCAAACAGCCUGAAGAAGUGUUUGAUGUACUGGAGAAGCUUGGAGAAGGCUCCUAUGGCAGUGUGUUCAAAGCCAUUCAUAAAGAAACGGGUCAAGUUGUUGCAAUUAAACAAGUUCCUGUGGAGUCUGACCUGCAAGAGAUUAUAAAGGAAAUAUCCAUAAUGCAGCAGUGUGACAGUCCUCAUGUGGUGAAAUACUAUGGCAGCUAUUUUAAGAACACAGACCUGUGGAUAGUCAUGGAAUACUGCGGCGCUGGCUCUGUCUCCGACAUCAUUCGGUUACGAAAUAAAACCCUCACAGAAGAGGAAAUUGCUACAAUAGUGCAGUCCACACUGAAAGGACUAGAGUAUCUGCAUUUUAUGAGGAAAAUACACAGGGAUAUCAAGGCUGGCAAUAUAUUGCUGAAUACAGAGGGACAUGCAAAACUGGCUGAUUUUGGAGUGGCAGGACAGCUUACAGACACCAUGGCAAAGCGGAACACAGUUAUAGGGACCCCAUUUUGGAUGGCUCCAGAAGUGAUUCAAGAAAUUGGGUAUAAUUGUGUGGCAGACAUCUGGUCUCUGGGGAUCACUGCAAUAGAAAUGGCUGAAGGCAAACCACCAUAUGCAGAUAUUCAUCCUAUGAGGGCAAUUUUCAUGAUUCCAACCAAUCCACCUCCAACGUUCCGGAGGCCAGAGAUCUGGUCAGACAACUUCACUGACUUUGUAAAGCAGUGUCUUGUGAAGAGCCCAGAGCAGCGUGCCACAGCAACACAGCUUCUGCAGCACCCCUUUGUUAAAAGUGCCAAAGGAGUCUCAAUUCUGCGGGACUUGAUUAACGAAGCCAUGGAUAUCAAGUUGAAAAGGCAAGAGGCACAGCAACGUGAACUGGAUCAAGAUGAUGAAGAGAAUUCAAACCCCCCUUAUAGAAACUUUCUACUGCACAAGAGCAACCGACAGAAAGCCAAGGAAGAAGAUGAAACUGAUUCCGGGACCAUGGUGAGGGCAAGCGGAGAUGAAACUGGUACCAUAAGAGCUGUCAACACGCUGAGUGAUGGAGCCAACACCAUGAUCGAACAUGACGGCACCUUGGAAUCCCAGCUGGGUACAAUGGUCAUAAACACAGAAGAGGAGGAGGAGGAGGGCACCAUGAAAAGGAGGGACGAAACGAUGCAGCCAGCCCGACCAUCGUUCCUUGAAUAUUUUGAGCAGAAAGAGAAGGAGAAUCAAAUCAAUACCUUUGGGAAGAAUGUGUCUGGCCAGACAAAAAAUUCAUCUGAUUGGAAAGUACCACAGGAUGGAGACUACGAAUUUCUAAAGACUUGGAGUGUUGAGGAACUUCAGAGGAGGCUUUCAGCCCUGGACCCCAUGAUGGAGCAGGAGAUUGAAGAAAUCCGCCAGAAGUACCAGUCGAAGCGGCAGCCGAUCCUCGACGCCAUCGAGGCCAAGAAGCGGCGGCAGCAGAACUUCUGAGCUGUGGCUAGAACCUUCUUCCAUCCUCAAACAAUCAGCUCCUCGCUUCUGUGACUACUAAAGAGAUUGAUUUCUAUUGAAAUACGCUAGCAAAAUAGAGGGCAAUACUUCUGCUCAUUUAUUUUUCCAUAGCACCUUUGUGAACUCAGGAAUGCCAGUAAGUGGAAAGUCCUGAUGGUAUCUUCUAAGGCUAGAGGUGUAUUUAAAGGAGUUUUGUUACUGGGUUUAGGGGAAUUGUUUUUCAAUCAAAGGAACAGGUAGGAGUAGGGUAAUGAAACCUGGCUCGCUCUCUCUUCAGCUGCACUGCCAGCAGUCCAUUUUGGGUGAGGUUAAUAUGCAGAGUGGUAUUUAACAGCUGCAUCUCCUGUGGGAUUUGGUUUUGGCUUUUUUUGGCACAGACUCAGUUUCAGGCAGUUAACCGUAUCUGUUAAGGUGCUGCUAAGUUUUAGGUCACCGAAGAGAGCAGGUGAAAAUGUGUACAAACUGUUCCAGCCUUUUGAAAGAAACUUAAAUCUCAUUUUCCACAAAGCCUGUAAUAAGCCCCAUGCCUUACACUGUGUGCUUUAAGCGAGUGUGGUUUCUUGAUGACCUCAGUUUUGUCCCCUUUCAGCAUACUCUCUGAAUCACUUAUGAGUAGAUAAAACAUGUUGUGCCUCCAUCAGAAAUGACAUUCUGUAGUUUAAAAUCCACACUGACUUCAAACCCAAAGCCAGUUGGUGAUCUGUUGGAAAUGGUCUCUUGGUGAUCUGUUGGUUGUCUGUUUGGAAAUGUCCUUCAGGGAGACCCUGUUGACUGUGGAGUGCUGGGAAGAGGAAACAGUAUUCGAGUGGGUGGAACUUGUGUGAACCUCUCUCAGGAAUUAGGUACUUCUGCUGUGUCUGAGAGGUCUUAAUCUCCACACUUUGUGAAAUGUUUUGUAGGUUGCAUUUCAGCUUUAGGUCUGUAGAUGCUCAAAUAAGGACUUAAUUUCACAAUCCUUCACAGUGCUGCCAGGUUUAGCACAUCCGAAAAGUUGGACGGAAAGUAAAGACUUGGUUGAAUUGACAAAAAUAUUCAUUUGUGGGGAGGGGAGCAAAGGCAGAGUUGAUCUGGAUGAGAAGACAAUUGCUGAUGUCUGGAGAGAUUCAGUCUCUUCAGUUCCAGUUCCUCUGGAUCCUCUUGCGUUCUUCCUUUGCAUUUCCUGCCCACGGUAGCUCAAUCAGCGUGUACAAUCGCCGUGAGGACGGUGCAAUUAACUCACACCUGUAGACUGGAGGAGCAAACAGAAGCAGCAAAGAGCCUAGUGCAGGGCAGAGGGCGAUGCCUCUGCCUGCUGGGCUGUAACAGCAGAGUUGUGCAGUCUGGGAUGUAUCUGGCACAUGAUGAAGGGUUUGGAUACAGUAAGUAUUUCUGCUUCGCUCUGGUAGAGGGACCAGCUUCAUCUCAUUCUUCUGAAACAGGCCUUGGUACACCACCCGGAUAAUUAAACUAAACAGCAGUGUCUCCUGAAUCCAGUGCUGCUAGAGAGGUGUUCAUUUCACGCCUCCAUAGGCUUUCAUUUCUCCUUGGAGCAGGCUCUUGGCUGCUGCUAACAGAUGUGCUCCAUUGCUGUGAAAGGAACCAAGCCAUUUUUACCCCUCGGCAGAUCUGGUUGCGUCACUUCGUCUCAGUUUGAUGCACAAUGUGAGUACCGCUGUCUGGAGAUCAAACACACCAGCUGUCCCUAGGGAAAGGGAGGCAGUGAGCACUGCCCCUGGGGUGCUGAAGUAAGAGUUUGACCCGGGAUAAGCAGCUGUUAGAUAGUCUCAAGGACUGGGAAAGUUUUAAAUUGGGAAAACUGAGUAAUUAAAGGCUUUAUUGCUGUCAUUGAAUUGAAAUCCCUUAGUCUGGACUCUCUAAUGAGGUCUAGUGAAGUGCUGAGUGAACACCAGGGCUCAUGCAGUGCCCAUCUGCAAUCUGUGCAAUACCUUUUGCACUAAAUGUGUCUAUUCUGAGCAAUAUUCACGAGCAUCCUUUGCAUCAAAGAAACUCCCCCUACUUAAGAAGGAGUUCUCCGGUCAAGUGUUGGAUCCUGGGUGGAUCUGGCCAGGCACCUCUGGUAUGACAGAGAUGUGGAUAUGUGCCAUGGUAAAUCGUGCACUGCUUGUGUGUGGUGUGGACUGAGCAGAUUUUACCUCUGCACUGUGUAGUUAACUUCCUAGUGAUUGGAGGGCAUUAGAAACCCAAGUUUUAGGUGAAACACCACAGAGUGGUGUCUAUUACAGAAUAUGCAACCUGUGACUGCUGUAACUGAAUGUAAGCACUCUUGAAAUCCUCUUCUUUGCUAAUGUGAUUGUCUUAAAGUACAGCAAAUGAACCAAAAUAGCUAAAACUGGUCCAAUGGCUUAACUGUCUUUGAACCUUUCUUAAAUGCUUGCAGUGGCAGACACUUGAGGAUGUUUCUCACACUUGGAGCUCUAAUGCAGAACAAUUAUUUUCUCCUUCACCGAUUUUUCAAUCUGUUAGAGAAAAUAAUUCCCUUUGCGGUCCCUUUGUAGAGUGUCAGGGAGCAUAAUAACCUGCUCACUUCUGGGAGUCCCUCCAGGCUGAAACCAAGGCUUUGACCCAUAAGGGAAGGCUGUUUGGCCACAGUUUUUUAAGGAAGAAGUUUGUUUGCUUGUGAAGCUGCAUUUGUGGGCUCCUCGGGUCCGCCUGCAUUGCUGAAGGUGUUCUGGACAAACCAUUUUCUUUGCUUCUAAGCCCCCAGACAUGCUGAUGUUCUGUCAGUCACCUGUGACUUAAGAAAAAUGUGAAGUUUGUAGCUUUAACUUCUUUUGGUAACAAAGAAAAUUAGCAACACUGGCAUAAAGUGCUGACUUGAAAUGCUAUUUUGUAAGACCUGGCUGUUUGUAUAUAAUAGUGUUUGGGUCCUUAGUUUGUAUAUGUAUGGAAUAGUAACUUUUAUUGCAUUCCUCUGAGUUUGAUACAGGAGAUUUUGGUUGAUCUUUCUCAAAUACCUUGCCUUACUCGUUCAAAGGGACAAAUAAACUGUC